CAAGAGUGAUGGAUGCAGUUGGCUGCUGCCACCUGAAAUGCUGCAAGACUGAGAUGUGAGUGACAUGACCCGGGGCAUCACAUUUCUCAUCAGCAGACAGAAAGUGGCCAUUGCUUUCCUCCAGGAGGUGUGCAAGCAGAAGCUUGGCUCCUGGUGCCAGAGUGAGCCUGUGGCUGCUUUCCCUCCCACAUUCCUCACUCCUUUCUUGGCUCCGCCCUGCUGGCUCAGUGACGCAGCAGGAGGAAACUGCUCAGGUUGCAAACAGUCUUCCAGGCUUAGCGGCUGCCAAAGGAAUAACUGAGACGUCUGAGUUGAGCAGGUGGAAUGUCAGAAGACUGAGAACAUUGUUCCUUCCUCAUACUGCAGCUCUGUUGCCAGAGAAUCCCAAUUUACCCUCAAAGCUUCUUUGAUUAAGUGCAAGGAGAUUCUUGCCUCAAAGCUUACCCUCAAAGCUUCUUUGAUUAAGUGCAAGUUUGCAUUUUCUCAAGGAAAAGGCAAAAAGUAGUAGCAGGUGGCAUUUACCGUGAUGGAGACCAGGGUUCAUAACAACCCCCAGGAGGGACCCACGUCCUCCAGCAGUAGAAGGGCUACAGUGGAAGGCAAUCACUUGCUGAUUAAAGCUGUUCAAAACGAAGAUGUUGACCUGGUCCAGCAAUUGCUGGAAGGAGGAGCCAAUGUUAAUUUCCAGGAAAAGGAAGGGGGCUGGACACCUCUGCAUAACGCAGUACAAAUGAGCAGGGAGGACAUUGUGGAAAUUCUGCUUCGUCAUGGUGCUGACCCUGUUCUGAGGAAGAAGAAUGGGGCCACGCCCUUUAUCCUCGCAGCGAUUGUGGGGAACGUGAAGCUGCUGGAACUUUUCCUUUCUAAAGGAGCAGAUGUCAAUGAGUGUGAUUUUUAUGGCUUCACAGCCUUCAUGGAAGCCGCUGUCUAUGGUAAGGUCAAAGCCCUAAAAUUCCUUUAUGAGAGAGGAGCAAAUGUGAAUUUGAGGCGAAAGACAAAGGAGGAUCAAGAGCGGCUGAGGAAAGGAGGGGCCACAGCUCUCAUGGACGCUGCUGAAGAAGGACACGUAGAGGUCUUGAAGAUUCUCCUUGAUGAGAUGGGGGCAGAUGUCAAUGCCUGUGACAAUAUGGGCAGAAAUGCCUUGAUCCAUGCUCUCCUGAGCUCUCACAAUAGGGAUGUGGAGGCUAUUACACAUCUGCUGCUGGACCAUGGGGCUGAUGUCAAUGUGAGGGGAGAAAGAGGGAAGACUCCCCUAAUCCUGGCAGUGGAGAAGAAGCACUUGGGUUUGGUGCGGAGGCUUCUGGAGCAAGAGCACAUAGAGAUUAAUGACACAGACAGUGACGGCAAAACAGCACUGCUGCUUGCUGUUGAACUCAAACUGAAGGAAAUCGCCCAGUUGCUGUGCAAUCAUGGAGCCAGUACAGAUUGUGGGGAUCUUGUAAUGAUAGCGAGGCGGAAUUAUGACAGUUCCCUUGUGAAGUUUCUUCUCUCUCAUGGAGCCAAAGAACAUUUUCACCCUCCUGUCAAAGACUGGAAGCCUCAGAGCUCACACUGGGGGGCAGCCCUGAAGGAUCUCCACAGAAUAUACCGCCCUAUGAUUGGCAAACUCAAGUUCUUUAUUGAUGAAAAAUACAAAAUUGCUGAUACUUCGGAAGGAGGCAUCUACCUGGGGUUCUAUGAGAAGCAAGAAGUAGCUGUGAAGACGUUCUGUGAGGGCAGCCCACGUGCACAGCAGGAGGUCUCUUGUCUGCAAAGCAGCCGACAGAACAGUCACUUGGUGACAUUCUAUGGGAGUGAGAGCCACAGGGGCCACUUGUUUGUGUGUGUCACCCUCUGUGAGCAGACUCUGGAAGCAUGUUUGGAUGUGCACAGAGGGGAAGAUGUGGAAAAUGAGGAAGAUGAGUUUGCCCGAAAUGUCCUGUCAUCUAUAUUUAAGGCUGUUCAAGAACUGCACUUGUCCUGUGGAUACACCCACCAGGAUCUGCAACCACAAAACAUCUUAAUAGAUUCUAAGAAAGCUGCUCACCUGGCAGAUUUUGAUAAGAGCAUCAAGUGGGCUGGAGAUCCACAGGAAGUCAAGAGAGAUCUAGAGGACCUUGGACGGCUGGUCCUCUAUGUGGUAAAGAAGGGAAGCAUCUCAUUUGAGGAUCUGAAGGCUCAAAGUAAUGUAGAGGUGGUUCAACUUUCUCCAGAUGAGGAAACUAAGGACCUCAUUCAUCAUCUUUUCCAUCCUGGGGAACAUGUGAGGGACUGUCUGAGUGACCUGCUGGGUCAUCCCUUCUUUUGGACUUGGGAGAGCCGCUAUAGGACGCUUCGGAAUGUGGGAAAUGAAUCCGACAUCAAAACACGAAAACCUGAAAGUGAGAUCCUCAAACUACUGCAACCUGGGCCUUCUGAACAUUCCAAAAGUUUUGACAAGUGGACGACUAAGAUUAAUGAAUGUGUUAUGAAAGAAAUGAAUAAGUUUUAUAAAAAAAGUGGCAAUUUCUAUCAGAACACUGUGGGUGAUCUGCUAAAGUUCAUCCGGAAUUUGGGAGAACACAUUGAUGAAGAAAAGCAUAAAAAGAUGAAAUUAAAAAUUGGAGACCCUUCCCGGUAUUUUCAGAAGACGUUUCCAGAUCUGGUGAUCUAUGUCUAUACAAAACUACAGAACACAGAAUAUAGAAAGCAUUUCCCCCAAACCCACAGUCCAAACAAGCCUCAGUGUGAUGGAGCUGGUGGGGCCAGUGGGUUGGCCAGCCCUGGGUGCUGAUGGACUGAUUUGCUGGAGUUCAGGAAACUACUUAUUAGCUGUAGAGUCCUUGGCAAGUCACAAUGUUCUGGGCCUUUUAACUCACCAGGUUGCUUGUGAGGGAUGAGUUGCAUAGCUGAUACGUCAAUCCCUGGCAUUGUGUAUUCCAUAUGUCUAUAACAAAAGCAAUAUAUGCCCAGACUACACUAGUCCAUAAGAUUUACCCACUAACUGGGAGGACAUUCUCCUAAGAUUCCUUUUGUCAAUUGCACCAAAAGAAUGAGUGCCUUGACCCCUAAUGCUGCAUAUGUUACAAUUCUCUCACUUAAUUUUCCCAAUGAUCUUGCAAAACAGGGAUUAUCAUCCCCAUUUUAAGAACCGAGGAACCUGAGACUCAGAGAGUGUGAGCUACUGGCCCAAGAUAAUUCAAUUUAUACCUAGCACUUUAUAAAUUUAUGUGGUGUUAUUGGUACUUCUCAUUUAGGCACCUUAAAACUUAACUAUCCUUCCAGGGCUCUUCCAGAUGAGGCCCAAAACAUAUAUAGGGGCUCCAGGAAUCUCAUUCAUUCAUUCAUUCAGUAUUUAUUGAGCAUCUAGUAUAAGUCUGGGCACGGGGUGCAUGAAUUCCACUCCUUCCAGAACCAACUGUAUUGGUUUUCCGUAACCUUAAGGCAGUAGUUCUCAACUGGGGGGCAAUUUUGCACUGAAGAGAGCAUUUGGCAGUGUCUGAAGACGUUUUUGGUGUCACAGCUUUGUGGGGGGCAUGCUAUGGCAUUUAGUGGGUAAAGACCAGGGAUGCUGCCAAACCUACCUUGCAUAGGACAGCCCCUGCAACAAAGAAUUAUCCAGACAAAAAUAUCAAUGGUGCUGAGGUUGAGAAAACCUGCCUUAAGGGGCUGAGGUGCUUUUGAACUAGCUUAGGGCCCAGGACUGUGGAGUGUGUGGACCAUCCCACAGAGGAGGGACUCAGAUUUGUUUACUCUUGCUGGAUCUGUAGUGAUGGAGUUCCUUCCUGUGUCGGCCCCACAGGAGGCUGCUAGGCCUCCCUCACUUCCCAUACCCAGUCUAGGAGCUCUUUCUGGCUCCCAAGCACCCAGAGCUUUCCUCCGCCUUUUAGUUUUGGUUCCUCCACUGGAAUGUAGGCUCCUCACAGGCGAUGGCUAUCUUUUCUUGACUUUGUAUCUUCCCUGCCAAGCAAAAAGUCUGCCAAGUGGGAAUGUUCAAUAAGUAUUCAUUGAAUAAUGAAUGAACCAUCUUCGUACAGGAAUAAUAAUACUGUCUUACAUUUUUCUGGUGCUUUAUAAUGUAUACAUGACAUCUGCAUAUUUUAUUUUAUUUAAUUUUCAAAACAAUCCUUUAAGGUCAACAUUGUUAUCCUUAUUUUGCUAAUGAGGAAACUAAGGUUAGAAACAUUUUGAUUUCCUCUAGGACGUAUAGCUAGGAAGUGUUACUAUCUUGAUUUGAACAAAUUUUCUGGUGCUAAGUCUGAUGUUCUUUCCAUGAAUCAUUGUGGUGGUUGAGAUGGAGCUUUGUAAUGGGAAUAAAACAGUACCUUAGGUUCUUUCUGAAAAGGAGGUAUCUAGCAAUAGAUAAAUAGAUAUCACCGAAUGAAAUUAAAUGUUGAUUAGGAACAAAUUUAAGGCUUAAAAAAUACUUUAUGAGCAGCAAGAUUGCUUUAACUUUUAAAGUGAAGCUUUGGUUGUCUGAUUUGUAAUGAGCACCUGGAUAUGUCAAUUAAAAUGCCCAUUUGUGAAGCUUACUCAAUAAAACUUUAAAUUGUCUU